AUGCUUGAGAUUUGGGGACUAGUCGACUUGGGUCGAUCUGGUUCAGCGCCACGGAUUCCCUCAAGGGCUAGAUGGUGCCUUCCCCCGGACGAUUUUUAUUUGUCAGGAACAGACUGUUACACUGAACAGAUGCCCUUUAUGUCAUCGAAGCAUGAUCUUGCGUCAGAUUCUCAACUUGGAUCAAAGGAUAAAAUACUCUGUGCGAGGAAAUUUUCAUUCCCAGAUCUUAACGGCUUCAAGAAUGUGUACCACAAGGAGGAAUACGGCCACACCAAGAAGUUCUACGACGACCACGACGACAAGAAGUACCACAGCAACUACGACGACCUCGAUACCUACUUCAAGGCACACAAGGGCAGCGACUACAAGGGAGGCCAUUACAAGGGUGGACACCAUCAUGAUGCCCAUGGCCAUAAGGGGCACCAAGAGAAGGGCAAAUACCACGACGACCAUGCAGGCCAUCAAGGCCAGUACGGUGACAAGAGCCACUAUGGCCACAAGAGUUCCUAUGGCGACCAUGGUGGACACAAAGGUCAUUAUGGUCACGACGAUCAUAAGGGAUAUGGCCAUGGCGGCCACGGUGGUGGAUAUGGACACGGUGGCCAUGGAGGUGGACAUGGUAGUGGAUACAGCCAUGGAGGCCAUGGUGGUGGACAUGGUAGCGGAUAUGGCCAUGGAGGCCAUGGCGGUGGUUAUGGUCAUGGUGGACACGGAGGUAAGCAAGAUUUUUUUCAGAUCAGAGACAACUCUAUGUUUGGAUUUUCACCUCCUGUGCCAUUAACACCCCCCUCCCCAGGCUACGGCGCCCACUCCACCGUCCAGGUCGUCCACCAGGCGGCGCCCAAGAGCUUCGAGUCCUUCGGCGACUUCGCCUUCGCAGGACACUGA